AUGACAUCAUCAAAAAAUGGCGACGAAACUGAAGUGCGAAUGAGGCAUAACUGUAUCCCGGUGAAUUUGAGCAGCAUCAAUGAAAAGUUAACAAAAACUCAACAUGCUCACAUAGAAUGCACCCCAUUCAAAUGGGCGAUGGAUAUUUCUAACAACUUCUCAAUCUCAGGUGGUUUAUUAUGGGAGUUGGUAAGUAGAUGGGACGUACGUAGUAGGGGAUUUAGGGUUAGGGAUAGAAUAGUUCCCUUUAGUACAGUUGGUGUUUCUUUUGCUCUUGGAUUGUCUAUUGUUGGUAAGUCUCUAGUAGUAGAAGAAGAUCAACAAUGUGAAACAUUAGAUAUAUUUAAAGGGACUGAGGUAACCAUUAACAAUAUCCACAAACAACUUUGUUACCGUAAGAAAAAAUUAGUUAAUUUUGUUAGACUUUACAUAUUACUUGCAUUUGCGGAGUUUUACUUUCCCAAAACAUGGAAUAAGGUAUUUACGGGAUUUGUUAAGCAAUUGGAUGAUUUGGAUUCCCUUGAUGCCCAUAGUUGGGGCAUUGAUGUUUAUAACUUUGUGAUUUGGGCAUUCAACCACUUAUCUUUGGGGAAAGCACCAACUGUUUCUAUGUUUAGUUUUCCACGUGUAUUGAAUUGGCUGGUUAUAAGUAUGCAGAAGAAAAAUAUUGAAAAAGCAUUUGAAAAAAAUAUGAUAAUUGAUAGAGUGGUUGCAACAGAGGAAGAGCUAAAAUAUGACAUAAUCAAUGUUGCUCUGUCUGAACAAGGACAACAGUUUAUGGAUGUUAUUGAUUAUCAUAGAUUGGUGGCUGAGAAUAAAUAUUUUAAAGAGAGGAUAAUUAUUUUUGAGUAUGAAGUGAGGAUGAUGAAAGAGGCGAGAGUUAACACUCCGUUUGAGGAGGAGGUUGUCAAGAUGAUCGACAACUUGUGA